AUGGGGAAUGAAGCUAGUCAAAUCUCAGGUCAAGAAGGGUCUGUUGACGCUGAUGUGAGUCAUAAGCGUAGUCAAUCUCUGCAACGUGGUUUAACUUCCUAUAAUCCACAAAACUCCUCUGAUACAGCCAUUGCCUUGUCAUCAAGUUCACGUAAAAGUCAGUCACACACGUUUUUAUGUGAAAACUUUCCAACUGAUGAAAUCCGUGAGAAUAAACCCAGCCCGAAGCUAAUUGCUAAUACAUCAACAACUGGAUUAGCUUUACUUAAAACUGUCCAAAUGGAAUUAACAGACGAAGAGAAAGAGCGUAUACAACAAGUUUUGGCUAGAGCGCGUCUAGUUGAAAUGAAAGAAGGUGAACGUAUAACAAAACUUCAAAUUGAACUGAAGCGUACGGAACAGGAUGUUAGAAGGCGUGUUUCCUUAUCGAAUCAAGAUGUAACAAAACAGGUAAACAACUGCACAUUAUGCGAACAGACUCCGUCACCAAUUUGUCAACGCGGAAAUGAACAGUCUAGCUUAGAAUGGAGAGUAUGCCAAGAUUGUCAAAAUUCUUUCUGUCCUAAUUGCAUUGUACAAAUUGGCAAAAGCUUAGACACUGAGAAGUUUUGGUUGUGUAAAUUAUGCCAGAAGAAACGUCAACUUGUUGCAAGUUCCGGUAGUUGGCUUCAAGGUCUUGCAAAAACUGAUAAUAAACAGACAAAAACAAUACAAAAAAUAUUAAGGAAGACACAUGGGAUCACAAGAACAGCUUCCUACUCUCAAUAUGAAGAUUUAAUUGAUCAGGUUAGUUUAGAUGAGUUAAGUGUGACUAGUGGUCAAGAAGAACAUGAGGAUGAAGAAGUAGAAGAUGAAAGAGAUGAAGUUGAUGGAAGACAUGAACAACUGCAAGAUAUACUGCAGACAAGUGGUGAAUUUUCUAAAACUCAAAUAAACAUAUCACAAACAAAGAAUAUCACUCUGAGAAGAGCUUCAGAACAAAUUGGUAUUAAAGAUAACAAAAAUAUGACAAGACGAUUAAAUGAUUUGAAAAAUGUUGUUCAGUCUAUAAAUACGGAAACCAGUAAAAUGCCAAUGAAUCAACAGCCUGAUAUACACAUUAUUGAUAAUGAAAAUGAUGCCAAUAAUAACAAUGAUCAAAUAACUAGUCGUGAAGAUCGUGUACAUUUAUAUUUCACGAAACAAAUUAGUGAAAAUGUCGAUGAGAUUGACGACAUGUCAGAUAAGGGAGAGCAGAAUUAUAAAUCUUAUCACCAUUCUGAGUCUACUACAAAUACUGCAUAUAAUAGUCACAAAGAACCAUUUUUAUGUGUUAAUAAACCAUCAAAUGUUGCUCAUUCUGAUCGACUGGAAACGUUUGAUGACGUCGACAGCGCUGUUUCGUCAAUCAUUAUAGAUGAAAAAGUAGGUGAAGAUAAGAAUUAUGCUCAAACAAGUUGUACACAAAUUUCCUAUAAUGAUCAGUCCUUAAACUCAAUGCAAACAGUCUCAUCAUUUAGUCAUGUAUCAUCCACUGAUAUUUGUCAGGUCACUCCUAAACACAUUAUAUCAUCGGUUGAACCUAAAAAUCACUGUAACUUAAUCAGUAGUUCUAAAACAAAAGAUAUAGGUAAAUAUGAACAAAUCAUUCACGAUAGUUCAGCGUAUGAAUACGAAAGUACAAUAGAUUAUAACAGAUAUGUCGAUUUUGAUUCAUUUCACUUCUAUCCUCCUGACUAUACAAACUUUAAUGAACUGGAUGCUUUCGAUGCAAACUCACUAAUGAAUCAAAAUAUUCACUGUAUACAAGAUACAAAAAUAUCUCCAGUAAAUAUUCAACAAGAUUAUAACAUUGACUUAAUGGAUGAUAAUCAUAUUCUAAUAGAAGAAGAAUCUAAGAUUAAGAAGUUACGGGACAGUACACAAUACCAAAAUGAUCCGACAAUUUUUGGUCUAAUUAUCCCUCAAUCCAGUAAUGAUGAUAAUGAAGAAGAAGAUUAUAUCAGUAAAAGUGAAGAUGAAUUCAUUCAAGACAAUGAAACAGAUUCAAAGAGAUUAUCAAAACAUUUAGAUGCAAUCAACGUGAAGAAUGAAUGUAGUAAUUAUUUAAGUUCACAAUUAAUCGAUUAUUAUAUGCGUAGGCAAUCAUAUCCAACAUCGAAUGAUACCGAAAUUUCUUCAACAAUAUCAUCAAAACUAUCAUCAAGACGAGAAAGAUAUUUAAUAUCUCAGUUUAGUUAUUUCGAUCAAAAUGAAUAUGAUUUUGAUGAUACAGAUGAUGUUUCCACAUUAACAUUCCUUGAAGAUCAACAUAACACGCCUAUUAAAUCACAGUCAAAUCGACCUGAACAUGAUAAAUUGACAUCAACAAAUAUGGAUUUAAUAUUCCCUUACAGUUUAGAAGAACCAUGGGAUUAUGCUGAAGACUUACGUAAAAUAGAUGAGGAUAUCUACAAACGUACGACUCCACCAGAUACUACUACUACUACUGAUGGUAUUGUAAGUAGCAUAACUAGUUUAGACAAACAUAACAUUAUCAAUUCUGGUAUAUCAACAAAUGUAGCAUCAAAUGAUAAUUACUAUACAGACAACGUUAUGCGUUCAUCAUUUAGUGAUUAUGAAAAUGUACAUAGCUUGGAUAAACAAAGUGUAAAUAUGUCACAAUUUCAUACCGUUGAACGUUCAAUGAAUGAAUUAUACUUAAAUUGGUUAAAUGAUUUAAAUAUGAGUUAUUAUAGAGAUCAACAGGAUAACUUGACAAAAAAUGAUUACAAUGUAAAGACUAAUGAUUACAAUUACACAGAACUCCCAUUUAGUGAUCAUAACACUUCACAGUCUAUUACAAGCAACCUAGUAACUUCAGAAGCAUCCAUUACACCGUCUAGUACUAGUAAUUCCAAGGCUAUUAUCGCUACAACUUCUUCCACUACUGAACAGAAUGUUAUAUUGAAACGUUGUCCAAAUUUUGAAAAUAUUAGCUGUUUAUCCAGUGGUAGUGAGAUUGAUUUAACACAGCAUGACAGUGAUGUAUAUGGAACAUCGAUGAAUGUAUCUGACAUGAAUGAGGAAAAGGAAGACAUUGAAAUAAAUAACGACAAACCAAUGAAAGUAUGGGGUCGAGAAUAUAGAGAUAAACUACAAACGGUUGACCCUUCCACCUGCUUAACCAAUAUAUACAAUAACAUACAACCAGAGCUAGACAUUUGGUCAAAUCUUUUCAAUACCUCAGAGAUUGUUGUUGAUACAGCCAGAGAGAUAUCCGCUCAGUUGAAUUUUUUAAGUUCAUUAGAAGGAAGUGAACGUGAAGAAGCAGGAGGGGAUGGAAAAGAAAGAGAAAGGGAGAUAAUAACACAUCGAAUUUCACACAAAGAUGAUGACAACAGAACAGAAAUGUUAACAGAUCAGAUGUUGGCAACAGUAGCAACAACAACAACUGUGACGUCAGUAACAACACCAGAAAGUAGUCAUCAACACAUUUCGUGCAAUGAAGACAUAAUCGAAAAUAUCGAGAAAUAUGGAGGUAUUGUAUCAAGUCAUAUCAUCACUUGCCCAACUUUUCCAGUUCAAACAUCACAGAAGUUGAUUUCAUAUGACCAAGGAGAGAAUAUUUCUUAUUCAGAAUCCCUAUCCAGCGUUACAAAAAGUGCUGUCUCCAAACAUAGCAACAGAUACACUGAUAUCAUUGAAGAAAAUGUUGCCAAUCCUACUGUAUCUACCUUUUUGUCAAAUAAAACUACUAGUAAUGAGUUUCAUCCAUAUGGUAAAUUCUCAAGUGAUGCAAAUCAAUCUAUGCAAACACUACUGCAAAAAAAUAAUCAUUUGAUGAAGACUGGUGAAAAAAGGGAAGAAAAAGUUGAAAAAACAGAAGACUUAUACCAUUCAGACACGUUUGAGUUAUAUGAACACGUGAUACCUAUGAAUUUCACUCCACUAUUGGACAAUUAUUCUACUCAUAAUAUAAUCCCAGAUAAUGACAAUAGCAAUAAUAAUAGUAAUAAUAAUAUGGAUGAGAAGGGCAUUAUCAAAGAAAUUCUCUCUCCUUAUCAUUAUGAACAAGCUGCCAAAAAUCCAAUGCAUACAUAUAUUGACCCUAGCCAAGGUUCAUCGAUUGACUUUGGAGAGGAAGGCAGAAGUAUGAAAUCAGCCAAUCAUAAAGAGGUAAGGAAAUCUAGUUUACAGUUGGAUGAAGCUCCACAUACUACUUCUUUUGUAAGGCUUGAUUCUGAUCAAUCCUUGCAAUAUCCUAUUGAUCAAUCAAAUUUUAACAACUCACAGUCUUCAAUUUACCAAUUUCAAUGUUUCAAUAAUAAGUAUGGAGAUAAAUUUCUAACAGAGCCAAAUUUAAUUUUUAAUAAACGAUACAAUGAAAUUGCCUAUACACAAGGUGAAUACGGAACAUUUUUAAAGGAUGAUUUAAAUUUAAGGAUAGUUGCAUGUUCAAAGUCAAGCGAUAUAUCUUCGAAGCUUUUAGGAAAUCAUUUUUCCACACGUGAAAGUACUUCUUGUGAAAUUAAUGUAUCGAAUUGUCAACUCCCUAAAACAACAGGAUCACCUCAUUUAAGUGUGAAACAGACAAUCACUGGAUCAUCAACAAAAUCAUCUUGUUAUUCUAGUGAAAAAGCACUGAAAAGAGCACAAUUAAUACUUUCUACCUCACCUGUAGAUGAACCGGAUCCUACAGACACAUUUUUAGCCUUAACAGAUAGCAAUAAUACUAGUGGUGACAGAUAUAGUCGAUUACAUGAAAAGGAUUUAUCAAAAUCUCCAAUUAAAAGUUAUUUCCUCUCUUUAUCCUGUCCACAGUCAUUGAGUAGUCAGUUAAUAGACGAUAAUAAUUAUGAUACUUUAUCAGAAUGCAGUAAUUUUUCUAUUCAUAUACCUGUUCCAUCUUCAAAAUAUAAUGAGAAUGUACUAAGUGAAUCACAGUUAUCAUCACCUUUGAAUUUUGAUGAGUUCUACGCCAACAGAAACUUAUGGGAACCGUUUCAUUCACACUGGUAUAUACAUAUUCUAAAGCGUAUUAGCCAAGAGACAAUACUCACUUCCAUUCCUGAACAAACUAGUGAUAACGAAAACAUUCAUACAGAAUAUAUGUCUUCUUCGUCCAGUUCACGUGGUUCAUACUUUGCACCUCAAAGAAGGCGGCCGCAUUCAUCAACUUAUAGUUAUGAAGUUAACACUUUUGGUGAUGAUUUACCUGGAGCAUAUGAAAGCCCUAACUCAUCUUCAUCAGCUGUUUAUUUAGGACAGUCAUACAAUAAUCAUAAAUCACUUCAUGAUAUCUAUCCGGAUAGAUCUGUCAGACAGCUUGAUUACAAUGAUUCUUAUCGAACAAAUGUUAAAGUCUCGCCAAAAAGUAAUCUUAAGGGUCAUUAUAAUAACCGUCCUUACCGAUCGUAUUCACAAGCUAGUACAUCAUUUCAACCGAAGGAUAAAGUAGGUGUAGCAUCUGUUAUACGUCAUGAUCAUCGAAGUAAACUGGGACUUAUCCAUCCUCCAGGUCGGUUUAAACACCUAAAGUCAGUUGAUAUUGAAACAGCUUUACAACAGCGAAUUCUAAAAGAAGCUAGUCGAGGACCUAAACCAUUUUCUGGUAGAAAUUCCGAAAAACCCCAAGAUUUUACCAAUACUUCUCGUUUUAACAAGAUUUAUCCAGAUUAUGAAACUGGUCCUCGAUUGAGAAGAGCUCCACUGAGGAGUUACACACCAACUUAUAAGUCUUUGCAAACUCCACAAUCAAAAUGGUCAAAUGAUCCCAGUUACUUGGAAACUGGAUCUUACUUUUCCCUACCGCUUCAUGAUUAUCAGAGACAGGCGACAAAAUACUCACGAUCCUCAUCAACCAACCGACGUCAUGCUCCAUCAAGUACAGAUACGUCACUUCACCGAAGAAUACUGUCCGAUGAAUGGGACCAUUUUUCUAGAAAUAUUGGAAACUUAUCAAAGUCUACUGGUCAUUUAAGUCAUUUAGAUGAUCUAGGCAAAAUUUCAGGAUGUACAUCUAUGCAGACGUUAAGAGCUAGAUUGGCUGCAGCGCAUUCAGAAUUCAAUCUGGAUGAUCAAGAAGAGUUAUCAGAUUCGAUACAUUCACAAAGGUUUAAAAGUGAGAGAUUCGGUUCACUUGAUCGUCAGAUUGGUUCAAAUGAAUUAACUACAAGGCAGCUUAGAAGGCAAGUGGAACAGCAUCAUCGUCGUCUACUGAAAAGUUUAAUGACUGAUGAACCAUUUGAACCUAGUUGGCCAUCAAGUUUUUCAACUUUUAACCUGCAAAAUGUAUACCCAGAAAGUUCUGAAAUGCGACCAACUACUCUUAUCUCAUCAACAUUGGCACCACCAAUAUUCUCUACAGCUACAACCAGGCUUCCGUUAAAUAUUGAGCAAAGUAAAUUGGAAGGUAUUAUCUCUGAACCCUCGAACUAUAUGUCUUCAAAUGAUCAGUUUAUAUCUAUACCAAGUAUUUUGACUGCAAAGAAGUUAAAUUCGACCAAUCCACUUCCAAUGUCUAACUCAUUAUCUAUGGCCAAUAAUUUAAUCGGAAAUAUCGAUCAGAAUGUCGUACUCAAUCAGCCUACUUCAGUAUCCGCUAACCAGUCAAUGACAGUAACAAAUAAUUCUUUAGUGGAACUCAUUAAUAAUCCUGAAUUUUUACAGGCACUUUCAUAUAACCCAUCACUAGUCGACCAGAUUAAUUCAAUGUGUGUAGAUCUUGGACCAACUGACUUAAAUCAAGUAACGUUGGCGGCUGUAGCUGGAGCAAUUGCAGCUACAGCUGUGGCUGGAUCUGGAAUGCUGGAAAACACUCAAUCAGUUAAUGACCAAAGUUUAAACAAUCUACUACAGAAUGUACCUACCGCAGACCAGCUAAACGUCUUUCCGUCUUCAGGAAAUUUUGUGUCAAACAUCAAUGAUUUUGUAGAUAAUCCUUCAAACUUAAAUUCAGCUUAUCUGAAUACUGUGGAUCAAUCAAAUACUUCCACUUCUGGUGUUUCUAAUAUCCCAAGAAUUAGUAACCUAUCAUCAGAUAUGAAUAAUAUAGCAGUUCCUUCUGUCGAUACACUGAAUCCUGACUCAAUCGAUAUAUUGAUUGAACAAGUGCGGAAGUUACUAGACGAACAGAACAGUGUUAGUCUCAUGACCACAGCUGCGGGAACAACAACUACAACAUGCACCAAUAAUACGUCAUAUGGCAACUGUUUUCUACCAUCACCUGCUUGUCAGACAGGUCAGUCAGUAAUGAACAUGGAGAGAACGCAAAACUUCAAUAAUAUUUGUGAAACAAAUUUCCAGAAAUCUCCUAGAACUAUACAUCAGUCAUCGGAUCUAACUUGUUCAUAUAGAAAUCCAAGUGAAACGAUAGAUAGUUGGCUGGGAUUAAGUGAGGAUGAGUGGAAUUAUAAGACCUCUAAAGAUAAUACACGAAUCUCUGAUUCUUGGACAGAUGUCGCAAACACAUGGCCUGCAUUUAGUUCACUACAAAAUAAUAAAACUAAAUUAUCAAUGCCAAUUACAAAAUGUACAUAUGAUUUCCCAACAAAGCGACUGUUAUUAAUGCGAGAAUCCAAGGAUAGACAUCAGAAAGGAGGUGGAAUUGGAAUGCGUAUUGUUGGAGGACAUAUAAGAUCAGAUGGAAAUUUAGGAGCUUUCGUCGAAGAAAUCUACCCUACUGGUCCAGCUGAUCAGCUUCAUGGAGAGAUAAAGGAAGGUGACGAGAUACUAGAAUGGAAUUCAAUUCCUUUAGUUGGUAAAACAUUUGAAGAAGUUCAAGCAAUUAUAAGUCAGGUAUCCGAAGAAACGGAGCUACUUGUGAGAGCGGAUUAUGCUCAAGGGGAUGAUGAAGUUGAUGAUGAUGGAGAAGAUAUGGAAGAUGAGGAGGAGGAAGAAGAAGAUGAAGAAUAUGAUGAAGAAUACAUUGAUGAUGAUGAUGAACAACAGGAUGAUGAAGACGUACAAUCUUCAGGGAGAAAUUGUGGCUCAAAGUCGACUGGAAAUAGUGGUCAACGCAAUAAACCACAUGCAUUGUGUCAUCAUCAUGCAGCACAACACGCAUUAAUGAACCGAUCCAAAGGACCUAUAUGCCCUCAUAUGCGUCAGCAUUAUUUAGCAAUCCCAUCAAGUGAUCAUAGAUCAACAAGUCAAACUGCACAUAAUAAUCCACAUAAAUUACACUUGACUAGUAUGCAUAAUUCAACAAAUGAACAACAAAUACAAGAUGAUGAAGACGCCGGUAUAACACUAAACAAAAGUCAAAUGCACUGGUUUGAAGCAGAUUCUCCUGGUAAGAUUGUUGAACGACCAUCAUCAUCAACUAUACAAGAUUCAAAAUAUUCUAAAAAAUCAAUUACUAUGGAUACUACUGAAGUGAAUAAUGAUAGGCGAUCAUCUAAAGGGGGUCGAAGAGAUGGUCGGCGUGAAAGUCACUUAUCCCAUCAUGAGAAGAAUGAAGAUUCAUUGGAAUAUGGUGAGAUUGAACUUAUCUUAACCUUUGAUGAUUAUGAUCAAAGUUUAACUGUACACGUUGCACGAGCACGUAAUCUACCAUCAAUGGAUUUAAAUGGUUUAGCUGAUCCAUUUGUUAAAGUUCGUCUACAUCCAGAUCCAACAGAAGACCCUGAUUUUAACCGUCAAACUAAAUAUAUGCCGAAUACAUUAACACCAGAAUGGCAACAAACUGUAGUAUUUAUGAAUUGUAUAAAGCGUACACUGAAAAGACGUGUACUUGAAGUAACUGUAUGGGAUUUUGAUAGAUUGAAAACAAAUGAUUUCAUGGGACAGACAAUCAUUAAUCUCGGUGAUAAAGAAUACCUUGACGGGAAACCGCAUUGGUUUAGCCUGCACAAAUUAUUGCCAGUUAUCAUACCAACUUCUAAGAAGUCUGUAUCCUCAUCAAAGACAUCAUCCGAUAGUUCAAGACAAGCUAAGAGCUCUAAAGACAGUAAUUCCAGAAAAAGUCUAGUGAACAAACCUUCACGGGAUCAAAUUCAAUCACAAAGAAUGAACACAUAAUUGAAAUUUCAUUUAUCAUAUAUACAUUUAUUUGCAUAUAUCUCUUCAUCUGAUCAUUUAUCUAACAGUUAAACUGUCUACCUGUUUUUCAAUCCAAAGAUGAGAUUAUAUCAUAUAUAUACAUACAUACAUACAUAGAUACAUA